AUGGCAAUGGCCACAACAUUCCUGCUUCAUCUCGCAUUCGCGAGUAUCAUCUCUGCUCAAUAUGUCCCAAUACCGUGGGCUUACACUCAGGAUGAGCCACCAGUACAAGUGUCUGUCAAUGCAGGAGUUCGGCAUCAAAAGAUGAUUGGAGGCGGCUGUUCAGGAGCCUUCGGUGUCGCCUGCGAUCAGACUGGGGCACGCGGUCUCUCUCCAGAGAACCAACAACUCGUCAGCGAAUACCUCUUUAACGAGAACCUUGGAGGCCUGUCGAUCCUUCGCAACCGCAUUGGCUCGAACCCGAACGAUGGAAUCCUUGGUACCUGCCCCGAGACACCCUCUUCAAUAUUCAACUACACGGGUCUUGGAACAAAUGAUUCGACAGCGGAUAGUUGUCAGUUGAAGUUGACGCAGCAAGCUUUAAUCGCCAAUCCCGACCUGUUCAUAUAUGCCGACGCGUGGUCAGCUCCAGGAUGCUUCAAGACGGAUGCAACUGACAAGAACGGAGGUCUCAUCUGCGGAGUUCGUGGAAGCAAUUGUACUCAAGACUGGCGCCAAGCAUACGCAGACUACCUAGUACAGUACGUCAAAUUAUACGAGCAGAAGGGCAUAAACGUCAGCUUGUUGGGGGCCUUCAACGAACCGGACUUCAAUCCCGUUAGCUACGCUAGUAUGGACUCGGACGGAUAUCAAGCGAAGGACUUCCUCGAAAUCUUGUACCCUGCCGUCAAAAAAUAUCGCACAGACUUGCAGGUGUCCUGCUGUGACGCCACUGGCGCCCGUCAAGAGCGCACUAUUCUCUACGAGUUGGAGCAAGCUGGUGGUGGGAAGUUGUACGAUGUCGCGACUUGGCAUAAUUACCAGAGUAACCCAGAACGACCUUUCAACACGCAAGGUCAGCCAAACCUUGAGACGGAAUGGUCGGAUGGUAGCGGUACUUUCAACACUACCUGGGACACGACUGGCCAGCUUGCCGAAGGUUUACAGUGGGCUAUUUACAUGCACGACGCCUUCGUCUACAGCGACACCUCCGGCUAUCUCCACUGGUGGUGCGCCCAAAACAACACAGGCACGACAGCUGGAAGCGACGCCAUCCUCGUCCGCCUCGCCAACAACAGCUUCGAAGUUUCACGCCGUCUUUGGGCAUUCGCAGGCUACUUCCGCUUCGCACGACCAGGUUCAGUUCGCAUUGGUGCAAAUAGCAGCGCUGAAAAUAUGUUGGUGACCGCUUUCGAGAAUGUCAACGGCACAGUUGCCAUCCCUGUCAUCAAUGAAGCACAUUUUGAGCGCCAGGUGGAAGUCUAUCUCAGCAAUUGUAAGCUGAAGUUGGAUAUGGCGACUGCGUAUUUGGCGGACAAUGAUCACAAUAAUACGAUGGUUGGGAGUUAUCAUGUUAAUGGUUCGAGCUUCUUAGCGAGUGUGCCGCCGAGGUCGAUGACCACGUUUUUCCUGGAGUAG